AUGGAUUUUUCUUUAUCUGUUUACUAUCUCGGCUUUACAAAAGUUCGUUUCUUUGAACGUAAUAUUGGCAAGAACAGCACUUCACUAGAACUGUAUCGUUCAAAUGAAGAAAAUGUUAUCGACCAAAUUGAGACAGCACAACUUGAUGGCCUUCUUCCCAUGGAUGCAAACGGGCUUCGCAAGGUAAUUGCUAUGGUGGUAAAGGCGCGCCAAUGUGAGCCCGAAUACAAGUGUCACGUCCUCCAAUGCACUUCUAUGCGAGAAGCAGAUGAGUUUUUACGGAAGACCCAUCAGUUGUUUGACUCCGUCAUAGACACGAUUGAUCAAAGGGAAGCUGAUCAGUGUGAAUGGGUCGAUGUAUAG